AUGAGUUUUAUUGACAAGUAUGUUACAUGUGAGAUACCAGAUGAAAAGGUAGAUAAAGAAUUACAUGACAUUGUUAUGGAAGUACACCAACACAGCAAAAAUCAUUCAAAAACCUGUAAGAAAAAAGGAACAGUAUGUCGUUUUAAUUUCCCAAGACCUCCUUCAACUAAAACAUUCAUCUCUGAACCAAGUAAACCAGAUAAGGAAACUAAAAAAGACGAAAAAGUAGCAAAAGAAAUAUUGUCUGGCUUGUGGAAAGUUAUAAAAGAGCAUGAAGAUAAAAACUUGGAUGUAUCUGAAAUUUUCAAAAAGGCGGGUCUUACUCAAGAAAGCUUUGAACAGUAUUUUCGUUUCAUCACCAAUCGAAACACGGUAGUUCUUAAACGUGAGCCAAAUGAAAUUUACACCAACCAGUAUAAUCCACAUCUUUUAAGGGCUUGGAAUGCAAACAUGGACAUACAAUAUAUUUUGGAUGCAUUUUCCUGUGUUGUAUACAUUAUAAGUUACAUUAGUAAAUCCGAGCGAGAACUAGGAUUACUCCUCCAACAAACCAAAAAUGAAGCUGAAGAAGGAAAUUUAAAUGCACAACAGACUAUGAAAAAAAUUGGAACUUCAUACUUACACCAUAGAGAGGUUAGUGCACAAGAAGCUGUUUUUAGAGUUACUGGAUUAAGAUUAAGAGAAUGUUCUAGAAAAGUCGAAUUUAUACCUGUUGGUGAAAAUCCAUGUAGAAUGAGCAUACCUCUGAAAGACCUUGAGAAACAACAAAGUUAUAAAUCUUCCAACAGGAAAAGGAGUAAUAGUGACAGUGCAGAUGAAAAUGAUGAUGAAAAUAAAAUUUGGAUGAACAAUUUAGUUGAUAGGUAUAAAGGUAGACCACACAUUGAUAUGUUUAUUAAAAUGUGCCUUGCAAGGUUCGGUUCUGAAUACAGUGUGUUAGGAGAGUCACAGUUACCCAAGAAAAUUAAUGAAGAAACAACCUUCAAACUUGAUGGCAACCUUGGACAUAUUAGAAAGCGCACAAGAACCUCACCUGCAGUUAUCAAAUAUCCACGUUUCUCACAGGAAACUUCUCCUGAGAAAUACUUCCAAAGCAUUUUGCAACUCUUUUUACCAUACAGGCAUAAUGAACAGUUAAAACCUCCACUAUUUGAUACAUAUGAAAAUUUCUUCACUUGUGGUAGAGUUAAGUUUCCAGGGGAUAAUACUUUGACUUCUGUAAAGGAAUUUGUUAUCAAAAACAUGGCAGAUUUUGUGAAAACUGGUCAAGAGUUAGAGGACGCAGAAAAUCAAUUACAUGAAACAGAUCAAAAAGAAGAUGCAUGGUGUGAAUUAUGUCCAGAAUCAGAACUGAACAGAAGAGAAUGUAUUGAUGAAGGGAAAGUAACAAGUGUGAUUGAAGAAGAUUUGUCAGAGGCAACAAUACCCGAUUUGAAUAAUGAAAAGAGCUCAUCAUCUGUUGGAACUAAUCUGCUGUCAGUUUCCCUCACAAGAAAUGAAAUUAUCCCAAGACUCAGAAGUUUGAAUGUGAAGCAGAGACAAAUUCUCUAUAAAGUAAGAGAUUGGUGCAUUCAGAAAGCAAAUGGAAAAACACCAAAGCCUUUACAUGUAUUCAUUACAGGAGGAGCUGGAACGGGUAAAAGUCACUUGAUCAAAUGUAUACAAUAUGAAGCAACUAGAAUUUUAGCACAAACAUCAGAGAAUCCAGAUGAUCUCACAGUUCUGUUAACAGCUCCAACUGGAACAGCUGCAUUUAACAUCCACGGAUUGACAAUUCACAGUGCUCUCGGCAUUUUCAAAUCACUUUCACCUGACCAUGCAACUCUAAGUGAAGACAAAAUUAAUUCGCUCCGAACUAAGUUAGAAAACUUACAGAUCUUGAUUAUUGAUGAAAUUUCAAUGGUCAACAAAAAAAUGUUGUUUUUCGUUCAUGAGAGACUCAGACAAGUGAAAAAAAGACCAGACAGUUGUUUAUUUGGAGGUUUCUCAGUAAUUGCAGUUGGUGAUUUUUAUCAGUUACCACCUGUUAGAUCAAAAAGGGUAGACAAAUUGUAUGUAGAUGAUCCCUCGAAUCCCUCAAAUCAGUUAUGGAAUGGUUUGUUUGAAAUUGCUGAAUUGGACGAAAUAAUGCGUCAACGUGAGGAUGGUUUGUUUGCAAAACUAUUAAACAGACUGCGUGUAAAGCAGAAAAAUGAAAGUCUGUCAUACUCUGAUAAAGAUACUUUAAAACAAUGUAUUGGCGAUGGUCCUGAUGAAGUGUUACACAUAUACUCAACAAAUGCAGAGGUUGAUACUUUUAACAAGGAGAUGAUACUGAAAUUGUGUACAGAAUCAAAAUUAAUUGAAGCAGAAGACUAUGAAAAAAACAAAACAUCAGGAAAAUUGACCCUGAAAAAAAUCCAUUGUACAAAGUCAGAUGUCUGUCUUCCAAUAUCUAUUCUUUUAGCUGAGGGAGCAAGAGUAAUGCUUAUCAAGAAUGAGGACACAGCAGAUGGUUUAGUAAAUGGAGUAAUGGGAACAGUAAUUUGUAUCAAAGACUACUCACCUAAUUCACUCCCAAGUGCCAUAUUUGUUCUCUUUGACAAUGAAAGAGUUGGAAAAAAUGCAAAGUUACAAAAAAUAAUCUGCGGAAAACGCUGUGUUGGAUUAAAGCCUUCAAGUGAAGACAUUCCUUUAAGUACCUGUGUACGUAAACAGUUCCCAUUGAAACUAGCCUGGGCUUGCACUAUUCAUAAAGUUCAAGGGUUGACAGUUGAAGAAUGUGUUGUUGAUUUAAAUAAAUGUUUCACUUAUGGUCAAGCAUAUGUUGCCCGUAGCAGAGUUACCUCGAAAUCAGGUCUUCAUAUAAAAAGCAUAGAAACUGAAAAACUUGACAAGAAAAUUUUCUGUGAUCCUGAUAUUGUAAAGGGUGUUUCAGAAAUGACAAGAUUUUUACCUGAAGUUGAGAAUGAAAGAGAGGAACAGAAAGAUAUUGUCCAGAUAAUGUAUCACAAUAUUCAAGGUUUGCAGUCCCCUGCAGAAGAUCUUAAACAAAAUCCAGACUUUAUGGGUGUCGAUUACAUUUGUCUUACUGAAACCUGGGCUAAUCAGGAAUUUGCUUGCUUUGAAAUGAUUGGAUAUGAUGGUUUUCAUUUGCCGCGAUCUCAAGCUUUUGAAAAUGACGACUCUUACUAUUCAUCUUUAAAGGAUAUGCAGCAUGGUGGUGUGUGUGUAUUUUAUAAACAUUCAUCAGAAACUGAACUAUGCAACUUGGCUUCAAACUUAGAAUGUAUAGUUUUCAAGAUAGCAACUGAAAAUAUUUUAGUAACUACGAUCUACAGAACUCAGAAGUAUAAUGUUGGAAAAUUUUUGGAGAAUUUGGAGACAUUAAUCUGUAAGUUGCAAGAAUUAUCAAAAAAAAUUGUAAUUAUUGGCGAUUUUAAUCAAGAUCUUUUAAAAGGAUGUAAUACAGUUUUAAACUUCAUGCAAUCAAAAGGUUUCAACCAGCUCGUCAAUAGCCCAACAUCAGAGGGUGGUACACUAAUUGAUCAUGUGUAUGUCAGAGGAUGUCCUGAUAUAUCAGUUGCAAUAAUUCCCACAUAUUACAGCUAUCAUGAGGCACUUAGAAUAGUACUUAAACGUUGA